AUGGCUAUCUUACACCAAGUAUCUUUCUACAACGAAUGUGGCCACAUCGAAGACUGCAUCCGUGCCUCGGACUUGCUAGAGACCCUGAAUGUUGCAGCAGUAGAAGAAGGGGUAGCUAUGCUGCCCAGUCUUGAUUUUGCGCGAGCCAUGCUUGAUCCAGGUAACUCUGUUUUCACAACAGAGGUCUACUACAAGACCAGCAAAUGCGGCCGCUGCGAAGGCGCUCUGCCAGCAGGGCCAGGAAGAAGCGAAACGGUAGGUGAGCUGACAGAGUCAGCCAUCAAAGACCGCAGAAUGCUCUGGAAGUCUAUCACCGACAAUCUCGUUGCUCCCCAAGCAAUUUUGAAAGAGAGGCACAAAGCCCUCCUAGAGUGCAUCCGAGGAACUUUGUUGUCCUCCUCGGAUCCCAAUGCACCAGCGACUUUCGACAUCUGGAGCAAGAACCUUUCUCGAUCAAUUGAGCGUGAGCGAAGAUGGUACCAGGACUUCGUCCUGCUUCACUUUCGUGAGCUUCAGCUGGGCUUCCCUCUGCUGCAAAGAACUCAUGCGUAUGCCCCAGGCUGGCGCUCUGAGCUCUUCGCUGCCGUCGAUAACUGGACAAUAGAUAAAGACGAAGUCUGCUCCAUCUGCCAGUUACCAAGUGGCGUCCCCAAUGUCAGAGUGUCUCAACUUCCAUGUAAGCAUCAAUUCCACUUCUCGUGCAUUGAUCAAUGGAUGGGUGCCCACGGCACUUGCCCAAUGUGCAGAACUAUGUUCAACAUCCUCUAUCCACCAAGGCCUACUAAUGUGUUCCCUGAGAUUCGCGAUGGGCUUGAGCAGCUCACCGCUGAACAGACGCACAAGGGAUACUACCAUCUCGGCGCUGCUCUCGAACCCGUUCUGCUCACUGAAAGAUUCCUUGACGGGUGGAACACCUUCACUCGAUAG